GGAGCGGCGGCGGGCGUGAGCGGCAGGGUCACGGGCCCGGGAACGGCUGUAAGCGGCUGCCGUGAGCGGCAGGGUCACGGGCCCGGGAACGGCUGUAAGCGGCUGCCGUGAGCGGAAGGGUAACGGGCCCGGGAACGGCUGUAAGCGGCUGCCGUGAGCGGAAGGGUAACGGGCCCGGGAACGGCUACUUUUGACUCCGGGUUGCCCUGAAUUCAACUGUUGUCCUCUGAUUUGUUGGUCAAUGGGCUGAAAGGGGGGAAUGGCCACAGAAGCCAAGUACAGCAUCCUUCGAGAAGUGGGGCGAGGCAACUAUGGGGUGGUUUACGAGGCCAUUGUUAACCAAACUAGAAGUAAAGUAGCUGUGAAAAGGAUGCACUGUAACGUGCCCGAAAACGUAGAGCUGGCUCUGCAAGAGUUCUGGGCCCUGCAGAGCAUCCAGAGGCAACACGAGAACGUGAUCCAGUUGGAGGAGUGUAUCCUGCAGAACGGCCAAGCCUUCCAGCCCAUCAGCCACCAGUGCAGAAAGUCCAACAGCCAUUUGCUGCUGAUCGAGACCUGCCUGAAGGGCCGGAGGUGCAUGGCCCUGCAGUCAGCUUGCUUCCUCUACUUCGUGAUGGAGUUCUGCGACGGAGGCAACAUGAACGAGUACUUGCUGUCGCGCAGCCCCGACGCCCAGCUGAACAGCAGCUUCAUGCGGCAGCUCAGCAGCGCCGUGGCCUUCCUGCACAGGAACCAGAUCGUGCACAGAGACCUCAAAUCUGACAAUAUCCUCAUUUCUCAUCACCGUGGAAGUCCCGUCGUAAAGGUGGCAGAUUUUGGCCUCAGCAAGGUGUGCCAGGGUAAAGGGAACGUAAAUGAGCAUUGUUUCUCCUCUGCAUGUGGCUCCAACUUCUACAUGGCUCCAGAAGUAUGGGAAUGUCACUACACUGCAAAGGCUGACAUCUUCGCCCUUGGGGUCAUCUUCUGGGCUAUGGUUGAGAGGAUUACCUUCCGAGACGGGGACACGGGGAAGGAAUUGCUUGGAACUUACAUCCGCCAAGGCAAGCAGUUUAUUCCCCUGGGAGAAGCACUGCUGGAGAACCCCACCAUGAAGUUACAGAUUCCUCUGAAGAACAAGGCUUCCAUGUCACCUGGUCUCUGCAAGCUGCUGCAUGAUAUGCUGGCUUUUAACCCCAAGGAAAGGUUGGAUGCCUUCCAGCUGGAGGACCGCAUCAGGCACAUCUCCUACGGCCGAAAACGUCAGCGCUCUGUCUCGGAGAGGUGAAGGACAUCCAGGUAUCCUGUCCCACAGUGAUCUGGAGGCCUCAGAGGAGACACACAACUCUGCCUUCCUUUGGAACAAGCAGAGGCUGAUCAGAAGACAGUUGCCAGCUUCCAGUUUUUACCCAACAGUUCUAUUUAAAUGAACAAUAACUUUUAUUUAUUUGUACAGUAAUUCUAAGGGGAGAACUACAGAAACUCUAUUUUUAUGCAAACCUUCAAUGUUUUUAUUAAUAUUAUUUUAUACAGCAAACAGCAGAGGUGAAAGCUUGGUUGAGGUCACCUUGUCUUGUCUGUCCACUGUCACUCAGUUGUAGAGGACUUUGAACUUACUCUCUUUAAAGAGCCUUUUCUUGCUGUCCUUUGCCCCUUUGAAGAAUGGCAAAGAACCAUGCCUAAGCCAUCUGGAGAUGAGCCUCUCUGCCCCACUGCUUGUGGACUGCCUCUCCUGGCUGCUCCCUGAUCACACCAGAAGCUGUCUUUAGGAGGUUUAUUUCUGGAGGUGGUGGUGUAAUUCUCUCUACGUGGCUUGGGCCGUGUGAGUGAGCGAUGUCUGCUGAAUGAGCUGGCAAGAACCUUCAGUGUCUAUUCUGAAAAGUUUGAGCAGAAGCAAACAAAAGUCUCUUCUUGGCAGUGGCUCUUUGAAUAUUCUUGCUUAGAUUAACUAAAAUGCCUUCUUAAAAUAAAUAAAGGAAUGUUAAAGA